GCUCUCCCUCCACCCCUUCACGGAAGGAUCCCGAGCACCGGGGCUCGCUCUGCUUGACACCUUGGGUGGGGUGUGCAGAGACGACCCAGGGCUCCGGGCGGCGCGACACUUCGGGUGGAGUGUGUAUGGGUGGCCCCGAGAUGGGAUAGCAGGGGGGGGCUCGGGUGCAGAGCAGAGCCCGGGACCGCGGGCGGCAGGAAGGGGAGGACCCGGCGGGCGAGUGGCCCCCGCCCGGAAAAGCUGCCUCACGGGGCAUCCUCCGCCCUCCGGUCCCUGCCGCGCCAUGUCUCAGCUGGGUUCCAAGCCCGCUGCCUCCCCGCGGCCCCCGCGAGCUGCCGCAGCCCGUAGCGGCCCGCAGCAUGUCAAUGAAAAAAACAAUGGAUUGUCUUCCAAACCAGGAGAGAAGAAAAGCACUGAUGAGAAAAAAGCAACAAGUUUUGGAAGCAGUCAGCCCUCCAGAUCCCAUGCUGGCGCCGCCCCGGGCCCCAGGGUGUCAGCUUCCUCUGCCGCCACCAGCCGGUUCUCCAGCAUGAAUUCCACAGAACCCAAGGCCCCUCCAGGCGGCCCACAGAUGGAAGGACCUCAUUCUCCUCACAAGAAAAGACACAGAAAGCAGGCUGUAAAGACAGAACCCGAGAAGAAGUCACAAUCAACAAAGCCGUCUGCACUUCAUGAGAAAAAGGCCAAAGAAACAGAAACAAAGGAACACAAAGAGCCUGAGCACGCAGCAGUGCCCGCCGACCAGCGGGCCUCUAGUGGAAAAUCAGCGUCCAGCUCGAGUGAGCAGCCGCCACCAGAGAGAUCCGCAAAACCAAAGGUGAAACCCCAGGACGCCCGGUCUUCGGGGAGAGAGAGCGUGGUUGCGGCUGUGUCUGCAUCAGGCAGGACCGAUGAUAAGAAAAAAGAAAAUAAACCCUCGGUGUUGGCUGUGCCAGUUGAAUCGACACCGGCUGAACCAUCUGGGAAGUCAGGCAUGGACGCUGCUCUGGAUGACCUCAUAGACACUUUGGGGGGCCCUGAGGAAGUACCUGAAGACAACUCCACAUACACAGGACCCGAAGUUUCAGAUCCAAUGACUUCGAAGUACAUAGAGGAAUUGGGUAAAAGAGAAGUCACAAUACCUCCAAAGUAUAGGGAGCUUUUGGCUAAAACAGAAGGGGUGGCAGGUCCUCCUACAGACACUGCGGCACCCAUGGGGCCCGACGAGGCUAUCGACUCGCUGUCUUCCGAUUUCACUUGCAGUCCUGCCACUGGUGGCCAGGAGGAGAAACCAUCCGGAGAGGCUUUAAAAGCUCAGUCUGCCAAGGUGAUCAGAAGUGCCGCUCCCCCCCACGAGAAGAAGAGGAAGGUGGAGAAGGAGGCCAUGAGCGACCAGGCCCUGGAUGCACUCUCGGCUUCUCUGGGCAGCCGCCAGCCGGACCCCGAGCUGGACCUCAGCUCCCUGCAGGAGGUGGCCGAGGCAAAAGCCAAAGAGGAGAAAGUGAAGAAGUGUGGGGAAGAGGAUGAAACCGUCCCAUCCGAGUACAGGCUCAGAGCAGCCACGGAUAAAGAUGGAAAACCACUAUUGCCAAAACCAGAGGAAAAAUCCAAGCCACUCAGUGAAUCAGAACUCAUCGAUGAACUCUCUGCAGAUUUUGACUCAUCCAAACGGAAAGAAGAAAAACCAAAGCCAGUUGAAAAAACAAAAGAACCUCAGGCCAGCGCCCCCACACCGGUGGUGGAGACGGUGCCACGGGCCUCUCUCUGCAGUAUCCAGGCAGCCCCGGCCAAGCCAGCGCCCACGAGGGCCAGGAUGUCCGACGAGGCUGUGGAUGCCCUGGCGGGGAGCCUGGGCGAGAGGGAGGCGGACCCCGAAGAGAGCCAGCCCGCCGAGGACCGCGUCAAGGAGAAAGCCAAGGAGGAGGAUCGCGAAAAGCUUGGUGAAAAAGAAGAGACCAUCCCUCCGGAUUACAGACUCGAAGAGGUCACGGACGAGACUGGAAAACCUGCCCAGCGCUCUGAGUCUCGAGACCCGCUCCCCCCUGUGAGUGAAGAUUUCCUCCUGGAUGCCCUGUCUAAGGACUUUGACGGCUCCGCCACCAGUGCGCCUCUCAAAUUGGAUGAAGGAAAACUUUCUGCUGUUGUCUCCGAAGUGGUUUCCCAGAGCUCUGCUUCCACCACGCAGGCUGCAGGCCCGCCCCCAGAUGCUCCGCAGCAGGACAACAAAGCACUUGACGAUGCCCUGGAUCAACUUUCUGACAGUCUAGGGAAAAGGCAGCCGGAUCCAGAUGACGACAAGCCAAUGGAGGAUAAAGUCAAGGAAAAAGCCAAAGCUGAACAUAGAGACAAACUGGGAGAAAGAGAUGACACCAUCCCCCCGGAGUACAGGCACCUCUUAGACAACGAUGAUAAGAGCAAGCCAGCGAAGCCCUCUCCAAAGAAGUCCCCGGCAUCCAAGAAACCGACCAAUGAUCAAGAUGCCAUCGACGCCCUCUCAGGGGACUUCGACAACUGCCCCACCACUGCCCAGACCUCCGAGAACACAGCAGCUAAGGACAAAGACAAGAAGCCUGCCUCCCACUCCAAAGCCUCCAAGCAUGGGGGUAAAGCGAAGAGUUCUGCCAAGACCAAGGAAGAGACGCCCAAGCCAAAAGCUGAUGACAAAAAUACAAGUUAAAGUCGACACUGUUUGAAUUUUUCAGGGACUCUGCACAUAAAAUCUUCAGCUGGUGGAUGGUGACUUAAAGAACAAAAGACUUUGACAACAACUUUUUCCGGGGCGGCUUUGAGACAGUGGUAUUUGUUGAGACUUUUGGCAUUGUAAACAUUGAUAUUUCUUUUUUCCUGACAAGGAAAAAAAAAAGUGUCUGGUUCACCUGUGUUACACUGAGUAUUGAUAAACUGAAUUUUUAAAAAUUGCCUUCAGUUAGAAAGAAUUUUAUAUUUUUAAGAGAUGUAUUUGCUAUAGUUUCUUAAGGCAACUCCAAAAACCAAAACUAAAAUCUUUGCAAACUUUUGCACAUUCUCCACACAGUGCCUGUCAAUCUCCCAUGGGUUUUCGGUUUCUCUUCCCUGUGCUCGGCAUUCCCAGGGCAGUGCUUCAGAUGUUGCUCAGUGUUCUGAAUUCUCGUCACCCCUUUCCUCUUGUGCUUUUGAACUGUAUAUAAUAUUUUCUCUGGGUGAAUGUUUAUAAGUCAAGCAAAACAUUGUAUAUCGGGCACAUAUCUCCUCUCGGGCUGCUAAUAAUAAACAUAUCUACCCCCUGGGCACGCCAGCAAGCUCGCCCUCUCCCGCUUGCCGUCUUCUUUCUUAGAGGUUGGGACUCUCCUGCACUUUAGAGACAGCACAGAACGUCCGGAGACUUGAGUCAAGUCAGGAGAAGAGCAAAAUGCAGAAGACAGUCACUGCAGAGAAGGUUCCAGAAAGAAGCUAAAACAUAUCUAAUUCUCAGAAUAUUAAGAUGCUUGAACUCCCUUGGUCUGCCCAGCUAUUGGGUUGGACUUUCUGUUGUCUAGACAUAAAACCUGCGACACAUUUCUUGGUUUACAGACAUUGUCACGUGAGUCUUCGCACUGCAGGGCACCUGUCUGCCUUUACAGGAAGUAGCUUUGCCAAAUAUGAAAACAAGUUUACGCUUUGACAAAUCGACCUGUAUCAGAAAUGUAGAACCUGCUUUUCCCUCACACCGCAAUUUAAAGCCUAGACUUUUAUCCUAUAUCUUUUGACUAGUUUCUCAGAAGUUUAUUCUCAAGAAGUUCCCUUGCAGCGCCAGGCUGGAAGAAGGCUUCAGGGGGCAGAGACUUGGGGUGGGGGAACCCCGCUCUUGAUCCCGGGCAACUCUGGGAACACCCCUGGGAGCAGCCCCUGAGCUGAGGGUGGCCCCCAAAUAGACAUAACGAAAGUCAUGGACAUACCUUCGAGGUUACUUAACAAACUUAACCGGCUUUGAAUCUCUUGCCCAUCAGAGGUGUAGGCGCACUGUUACUGUUAAUCUGUUAACUCUCAGUGUUAGUGUGACUAGACCUUCUCAAGGCGUUAAGAUGCUUUACCUUUUCCUUCUGGGUGGCAUAAAGUUGUUUGGUGAAUGUAAUUGAACUCUUUGACACUGUGGGGUGGGUUUGCAGGGAUAUUGUGGCAGUAUUGAUGGUUUGCUUACCUAGAUCAUGGUAUUUUUAAAUGACAAUACUAAAAUUGAGAAACACAAGGCAUACCUAUGAAAGUACAAAAUUUGUACUUUGACACUUAUUUAAGGUACUUUGACAUUUAUAUAAGGUACUUUGUAAAUGCCUUAUUAGAAAUGUCACUAAGACAUAUCUUAAGUGUUUUGCCCAUAAUGAGAGAUGGUGUGAGUAAGCUACAAGACCUGAAUAAGUCAUUUUUUUACCCAUGUAGUUAGAAAUAAAUGAUUGCAAAUAAAUGCUUAGAGGGAACUAAUUUUCUGUUACCGAAAGGUUUCUGUACAUUGUGUGGCAAUGCUGUGUCUUCUGAGAAAACAGGCUUCUCUAACGUAAAAGAAGAUGGGUUCCUCAGGUGAUCCAAACUAUGAAUAUCUCCAUGUUUUAUUAAUCAAGAUAUAAAAUACAAUUAAAUAAAAAUAUUUUACA